UGUUCCAACUGCAACAAUAAACGUGCAAUGUGUGAACAGUUGUACAAGACAUAUGAAUUAUUCCACCUCUUAGUGGGAUAGGCCUAACAUAUACAUUGUUUUCGAGAAUGAUAUCUGCAUUUGAACGAGAGUCUAUGCAAUCAUGUUCUGUGCAGCAGAUGAGUGCCGUUUCUAUGACGGCAGUGAUAGUAGCAAUGAUGAUGAUGAUGGCGAAAACUCUGAUACGGACAGAGAAGAAAUAGAGUCAGCAUUGUAUGCACAGAUUCACUUUCACCAUGAGGAGGAUGGGAACCUGUCCUAUAAAGGUUACUCCACAUCUGUUCAAACUCUGGGCAGUGAGUCGACUCAAAUUAUACACGAUGACAGUCUGAACACACCAUCUACAGCCACACCCUCUGGAUCAGCUACAACAUCCCUACUGUCACCACCAUCAACCAACAACUGUGUAGUGUCUCUUUCCUCCGGCGAGGAUAGUGUGUAUGUGGUGUCUGAUCAAGAUGACGUUGACUUGACUGAUAGUGAGUGUAUGAUUUUGGACGAACCUCUGUCCGACACAGGAGACAUACUGGUGCAUGUAGAGAGUUACCAACAACCCAUUCUACAAGCAGCACAGAUGACUGCCAGUAAAGAAAAUGAUGUCUGCAAGAUCUCGGAAAUGGACCAGUUGGUAACAACUAACAAUCCUGGUCUGAAGCGUUACUACAACCCCAUAACUGUACGGUGUCACAACUGUAAGGAGAUGGGACACAUAUCAAACGCUUGUCCCAAACCUAAGAAAUCAGAGAUUUGUCACCUGUGUGGAAUGACUGACCAUUUCUUCCGUAAGUGUCCUAAGGGGAUAUGUUAUAACUGUGAGGGCCCGGGGCACAACUCCCGUGAUUGUCCUGAACAACGUAAGCCACGGAGGCAGACAUGUUUCCGCUGCCUCAUGCCUGGUCACUCAAAGAAUACCUGUCCAGACAUUUGGAGACAGUUCCAUGUGACAACCAGUGUUGGACCAGUGCAGAAAAUGGAAAUGAAGGCAAAUCCUAAAAGAUUUUGUUGUAAUUGUGCCUCCAGGAAACACUUCGGCUUUGAAUGUGUAGAAGAUCGGAUGGAAUGGCAUGAACAUGGAAAUUAUCCAUUUAUAUCUACUUACACAUACAGGGAACAAAGUCUCACCAGAGAUAAGAAACCAGAGAAAAAUCAUCCACAAACAGAGAAAAAAAUUACUAAUGGAAGCAGAAAUUGGGACAAUAUGGCAACCAUAGGGGCAUGUAAAGGCACAAAGCGGAAAUACCGGGAGGAGUGGGAUCAACACAUAGAGACAGGCCAAGGGAAGCGCAGGAAAAAACCCAACUAUUGUAGAGAUGAUGAUACACAGACACAACCAAAAUCACAGAAGAAGAGGAAGAAGCAGGGAAAUAGAAAUUCAGACAAUAUGGGCACCAGGGUUAGAGGGGAGAAGGAACACUACAUGCAGUCAGGCCAAGGGAAACACAGACCAGCACAAAACAAAUUUAGCAAAGGGAAGGAGUGUGUGGUGAAAACUGGUUGGCAGGCUUACAACCCUCCACACAAAAGGGAUAAAACACACAACUUUGAUAGAGGAUUCAAAACUUCUUACUACCAAAACAAGAUACCUUAUCAACAUAACAAGAAAACAAGAUCAAGUACCGCUUAAGUGUGAGGGCAGGGUUUGUUUGGGAGAGGUUGUGAAAGCUUGAUGUUUAUAUACUGGAGUAGUGGGACCACCUACUACAUUCGUACAUGUGAAAAGCAACAAUUCAAUGUGUAUGCUUGGAAAGGUUUAAUUUACAGACUUCCAUUUUGCUAAUCAAAUGAGAUUUUUGAAAAGUGUUAACACAAUCUUUACGUGAAAAAUAUCAUUCCCCUUUCUCCUUGUUAGAGAGUAAUGUGUUUUUGUGAGAGUGUUGAUAACCUGUUCAUGAUCUUGUGUACUGACAAGAUUAUAUGAUCUGAGGCACAGUCUUGUACAUGUAUUUGCGGAUACAGGACAGAACACCUGAUGGUAAACCAGUGGAUACAGGACAGAACACCUGAUGGUAUACCAGUGGAUACAGGACAGAACACCUGAUGGUAAACCAGUGCAUACAGGACAGAACACCUGAUGGUAUACCAGUGCAUACAGGACAGAACACCUGAUGGUAUACCAGCGAAUACAGGACAGAACACCUGAUGGUAUACCAGCGGAUACAGGACAGAACACCUGAUGGUAUACCAGUGGAUACAGGACAGAACGCCUGAUGGUAUACCAGUGGAUACAGGACAGAACGCCUGAUGGUAUACCAGUGGAUACAGGACAGAACGCCUGAUGGUAUACCAGUGGAUACAGGACAGAACACCUGAUGGAAAACCAGUGGAUACAGGACAGAACACCUGAUGGUAAACCAGUGGAGACAGGACAGAACACCUGAUGGUAUACCAGUGGAUACAGGAAAGAACACCUGAUGGUAUACCAGUGGAUACAGGACAAAACACCUGAUGGUAAACCAGUGGAUACAGGACAGAACAACUGAUGGUAAACCAGUGGAUACAGGACAGAACACCUGAUGGUAAACCAGUGGAUACAGGACAGAACACCUGAUGGUAAACCAGUGCAUACAGGAC